CACCAUCAUCAUCAUUAUCAUUACCAUCAACAUCAUUAUUACCUUCAUCAUUACCAUUUUCUUCAUUACCAUCAUAUCUACCAUCAUCAUCAUCAUCAUCUCGCUAUGAUCGUUAUUUUGCCAAUCAACCUAUUAAUUUGUUUCCAAAUUUUAGUGAAGAUUUUGAUGAUAAAGAAUCAUUUUCUUGUAGUCCAAUUUCUUGUAGUCGUUCAAGCUAUUCAUUCGAUGAUGAUGAUGUAG